UGUCCAACAUACACAAUCUAUAAGUCCAGCGUGUCACCAAUUCCGCCUCGCAUUGACAAGCAACCAACACGCCAGCCACCUUCCAGCAAAUCCGCGGGCUCCCAUCACACACACGCCACAAAACCCAUCAACUCUAGACCAGCCGCUUACCCACGUGGAACCAUGGGCGACUCCCUCACCAUGCCCAACCUUAAUACCCUCCGCGCCGCUCUUCCUCUCGACAAAACUUCUUCCCUCUCCCAACCCACUUCCCACCUCAUGUCGACCCUCAUCUCCACCUUGGCCCCCGAGGGCCCCGUGUCGCGCGACGACACCCCUGACCCUAUGCGCCGCGUCUCGUGCACCUUCAGCACCACCGACUCCGACGCCGAGUCGCAUGGCGCCAGCCCCUACAUGGACGCCCUCGGCGCCAUGCUGACGUCCAAGAAGUGCCUCGCCUUUGACCUCAACAGCACUCUUUACGCCCACCGCCUCGUCACGUCGGCUGCCGAGGCUGCCGUCCUGUCCCACGUCGCUGAGACGCACAAUCUGUCCCUGGCUGAUGUGCACGGCGCAUGGGAGGCGGCCACCUGUCCCACCAUCACCCACCAGGGCGCGUGCGACCCGUCGCGCCCGCUUUCCUGGCCCGAACACUACGCCAAGGUGUACGGCGCGUUGUUGGAACAGCUCGCUCGCGACCAUCCCGGAAGCGUCGAGCACAAUGGCCAGCAGAAUGUCGCCGAUGAGUCCGCCGAUCUCUUCCGCAUCUUCAAGAAGACGCUGUACCCGCGCCUGACUCCCAUGCCGGGCCUGAUGUCGCUGCUCCGAGUCUUGGACAAGCGCGGCAAGGACAUGCCGCGCAUCGUCGUGCUCUUCGAUCCCGCUGCCACGACGCGCGAACAGGCCGGCUGGACCCUCGAGCACCUGAUGCUGGACAACUUUAUCUCGGCCUGCGCCUAUAUGCCUGGCACAGACGAAGCCAUCGGUCGCCGCGACAGUGGCGCCGAUACGAGCACUAAGCGCGCUGACAGACCCGACGCGGACCUUGUCUUCUCAACGGCCGUCUCCAACCUCGGUCUCAAGACGUCGGACGUCGUCCUCAUUGGCGGCAACCUCGAGACGAAUGUUCCGGCUGCCAAGCGGGCCGGCGUCCAGGCCUUGCUAGUCGACCCCAACCAGGGUACGCCGCCGAUCCAGCAGCGUAAGGAGGGCGGCGGGGUGUUGGCUGUUGCCGGACUCCCCGUGCUCAGGGAGGCCAUGAAGCGCACUUGGGGUGCGCAGGAGCCGGCGAAGUCGUGAGGAGUGACGACGACGGCGCUCGCGGUUCAACUGGGGGGUUUCCUCUUUCGACUUUCUUUUAUUCUUACUCUCCGUAUAUUUCUUUCCCUCUCUUACUCUUACUUUCUCCCCGCCCGGUCAGGCACACGGCGCCGGCUUCAAUGCUUGAUUACCGCCUUUAGACAUUGAGCGUCACGACGCAUGGCCGACGCCAUAGCCCUCAACGGCGCUUGUACCACCACUUCUACUACUACCUUACCACUAUCCACAACACGACAUUAUGAUAUCAAUCGGGCAGGAGGCAGGACAGGACAGGAUGGGACGGGGCUGGGCAGGACAGGCGGGACAGGCAGACGUACCUAAUCAUCAUCAUCAAUGAUAACAACAAAUGACAUGUACCAUAACAGGCAGGCGGCAUGAGGUGCCAAGGUCUCGGC